AAUGGUUUCCAUGUCAACGGAUAAACGCGCUCGCCUUAGCUCCCGAACCAGAGGGAGGAUGCAGCAGAGAGUGCGUGCUGAAAAGCGAGGAAGCAACUAAAGGAGUCGGUGACCGAUAGAGCAAGAGCCAUGCCACGCCGGGGCCUAGUGGCCGGGCCAGACUUUGAGUAUUUUCAGCGCCGCUAUUUCACGCCGGCCGAGGUGGCCCAACAUAACCAGCCGGAAGACCUCUGGGUGUCUUACCUGGGAAACGUGUACGACCUAACGCCGUUGGCACAGGAGUACAAGGGUAAGGGCCACACUUUGGGCCAGCGUCGAGGGUGUGUUUGGGGGGUGCUUGGUUCUUGGAUGGCUAGCAUUGACGGCAGCUGCUCCUUCCCAGGAGACCUGCUGCUGAAACCCAUCGUGGAAGUUGCGGGCCAGGACAUCAGUCACUGGUUUGAUCCAGACACCAGAGAUAUCCGCAAGCACGUAGAUCCGCUGACCGGUUCCCUGAGAUACCGCACCCCGUGGGGCCGCUUUCUGCACGUGCCGCCUCAGCUGCCCCGUUCGGACUGGGCCAAUGAUUUCGGGAAGCCUUGGUGGCAGGGGUCGCGUUACGAGGUGGGGCGGCUGUCCGCCAAGACCCGGAAUAUCCGCAUCAUUAACACGCUCACGUCGCAAGAGCACACUCUGGAGGUGGGGGCCCUGGAAUCAAUGUGGGAAAUCCUACACCGCUAUCUCCUCUAUAAUGCACAUGCUGCCAGCUACACAUGGAAAUAUGAAGGGAAGAAUCUGAACAUGGAUUAUACCCUGGAAGAGAAUGGUAUCCGGGAUCAGGAGGAAGAAUUUGAUUAUCUCAAUAUGGACAGUACACUCUACACACCUGCAGUACUGCUGUACUUCAGUGAUGACCUCACAGAGCUAUAGAAAGGGAGAUGUAUGCUCAUGUAGGCUCAAGACAUAUUUUGAGUUUAGCUGUUUCU